GAUCCGCACAAACGCCCCGACAACUAUUGGCGUCAAAUAGCGUUGCAGCUUUGACAAGAGAGAAUAGAAUAGAAGAGGAGGAGAGAUCUACCUGCACUCCCCCCACUCUCUCUACUCCAGUUUUCUUUUUGCACAUUUACCAGAGUAACUGAGGGAAGAUCCGCCCAUUGUCCUCACAGGAUUGUUGAUCUCUGCCACCGGCGCAUUUGAUUCGGAUCCAAGGAAUAUCUACACGCGAUGGCGCAACCGCUUGUCAAGAAAGACGACGAUCGCGACGAAGAAGUGGAGUACUCCCCUUUUUUCGGGAUCGAGAAGGGCGCAGUGUUGCAGGAAGCUAGGGUGUUCAAUGACCCUCAAUUGGAUGCAAGGAGAUGUUCACAGGUCAUUACAAAGCUUCUAUAUCUUCUAAAUCAGGGAGAAACAUUCACAAAGGUUGAGGCUACUGAAGUAUUUUUUGCUGUCACGAAGCUGUUUCAGUCCAAAGAUAUUGGAUUGAGAAGGAUGGUUUAUUUAAUGAUAAAGGAGCUUUCUCCCUCUGCAGAUGAGGUUAUUAUUGUCACUAGCUCCCUAAUGAAAGAUAUGAAUAGCCGCACAGAUAUGUAUCGGGCGAAUGCUAUCCGUGUGCUGUGUAGGAUUACUGAUGGAACAUUGUUGACGCAAAUAGAGAGAUACCUAAAGCAGGCUAUUGUGGACAAAAAUCCAGUGGUUGCUAGUGCUGCCCUUGUGAGCGGCAUUCAUCUGCUACAGACAAAUCCAGAGAUAGUAAAAAGAUGGAGUAAUGAAGUACAAGAAGCUGUUCAAUCUCGUGCUGCUCUUGUACAAUUCCAUGCACUUGCUCUGCUCCACCAGAUCCGACAAAAUGAUCGAUUAGCAGUAAGCAAGUUGGUUACAAGCUUGACAAAGGGCAGUGUUCGUUCUCCAUUAGCACAGUGUCUAUUGAUUCGCUAUACUUGUCAGGUUAUCAGAGAGUCAGGGGUUAAUCUCCAGACAGGAGACCGCCCAUUCUAUGACUAUCUAGAGGGUUGCCUACGUCAUAAAGCUGAAAUGGUUAUCUUUGAAGCAGCUAAGGCAAUCACAGAGUUAAGCAAUGUAACUACUCGGGAGUUGACUCCUGCCAUAACUGUUAUGCAACUUUUCCUAAGCUCUUCAAAGCCAGUGCUUAGGUUUGCAGCUAUUCGAACUUUGAAUAAGGUGGCUAUGACACAUCCCAUGGCUGUGACAAAUUGUAACAUAGAUAUGGAAAGCUUGAUUUCGGAUCAGAAUAGAAGUAUUGCCACUCUUGCCAUUACCACUCUGCUGAAAACAGGAAAUGAAUCUAGUGUUGACCGCCUGAUGAAACAGAUUACUAAUUUCAUGUCUGAUAUUGCUGAUGAAUUCAAGAUUGUUGUGGUUGAAGCAAUUAGAUCUUUGUGUCUGAAAUUCCCCCUCAAGUACAGAUCUUUGAUGAAUUUCUUAAGUAAUAUCUUGAGAGAAGAAGGUGGGUUCGAGUACAAAAAGGCAAUUGUUGAUUCAAUUGUAAUUUUAAUUAGAGAUAUUCCAGAUGCCAAAGAAAGUGGACUUCUGCACUUGUGUGAAUUCAUUGAAGAUUGUGAAUUCACAUAUCUUUCUACCCAGAUACUUCACUUUCUUGGGAAUGAGGGUCCUAAGACCUCUGAUCCUAGUAAAUACAUCCGGUACAUCUACAAUCGAGUAAUACUUGAGAAUGCUACUGUUCGUGCCAGUGCUGUGAGCACACUAGCAAAAUUUGGUGCCCUGGUUGAGUCACUGAAACCUCGUAUAUUUAUUCUGUUGAGGCGUUGCCUUUUCGACACCGAUGAUGAGGUUCGAGAUAGAGCUACACUGUAUCUGAACACCCUUGAAGAUGAUUCAGUCACUGAAAGUGGCAAAGAUGUGAAGGAAUUUUUGUUUGGGUCGCUUGAUGUACCAUUGACAAAUAUGGAGACUAGUUUGAAGAACUAUAUACAGAAUCCUUCCGAAGAACCUUUUGAUAUAAAUUCUGUACCCAAAGAGGUUAAAUCUCAGUAUCAUGCUGAGAAGAAAGCCCCAGGCAAAAAACCAAGCGGUUUGGGUGCUCCACCUGGUGCCCCACCUCCUGUGGCCGAUUCUUAUGAACGACUUAUUUCCUCUAUUCCUGAAUUCGCAAGCUUUGGGAAGCUUUUCAAGUCAUCAGUACCAGUGGAACUUACAGAAGCUGAAACUGAGUAUGCUGUUAAUGUUGUCAAGCAUAUAUUUGACAGCCAUGUGUUGUUCCAGUACAACUGCACAAAUACAAUACCAGAACAACUGCUUGAAAAUGUUUCUGUCAUUGUUGACGCCUCUGAAGCUGAGGAGUUCUCUGAAGUUGGAACCAAAUCUUUAAAGUCUCUUCCUUAUGAUACACCAGGCCAAACCUUUGUGGCAUUUGAGAAACCUGAAGGGGUCCCUGCAGUUGGAAAAUUCUCGAAUAUGUUGAGAUUUACUGUUAAAGAGGUUGAUACUGCUACUGGUGAGGCUGAAGAUGAUGGAGUUGAAGAUGAGUAUCAGCUUGAGGAUUUUGAAGUUGUAGCUGCAGAUUAUAUGGUUAAGGUGGGAGUCUCCAACUUUAAGAACGCAUGGGAAAGCUUGGAUCCCGAGACUGAACGUGUAGAUGAAUAUGGUCUCGGGCCUCGCGAAAGCCUUGCAGAAGCUGUGAAUGCUGUCAUCAAUCUUCUCGGCAUGCAACCUUGUGAGGGAACAGAAAUUGUGGCAAGCAACUCUAGAUCGCAUUCUUGUUUGUUGUCUGGUGUGUACAUAGGCAAUGUAAAGGUCCUUGCCCGACUGUCGUUCGGGAUCGAUGGGACAAGGGAGGUGGCAAUGAAGCUGGCAGUGAGGUCGGAGGACGUGACUGUUAGUGACGCCAUUCAUGAAAUUGUUGCCAGCGGGUAAUUAAUUCUAUCCAUCCUCUCUCUCUAUUUUGUCGCAACGAGUUAUUUGCUAUCCGUAACAUGACGAGAUUUGUGAGGUGCCUACAUCGGGGAGAAAUUCGCGGGGCCUUAUGCGUCGUAUGCAUUCUUUUUUGGUCUGUGGCUGCUGGAGUAGUUUGUUUGUUGAUUGUUUGUUUCCUUGAAAGAAAGACUUAGAUCGGAAUUUUGGAAGGGGAGGGGCGACCCUAUUUCAUUCUAUUAUUACUAAACUAAAUAUUGUUUCACUCUAUAGUUGUGUAUGAUUUUCUAUAAUAAAAUUAAAUGUGGUACAAAUUUCUUCAUUGGAAAUUGGGGUUUUCUUGCUGUUGA